CUGCCCUCAAAUCAUAUUCAAUACAGAACCGCAAACGAACAGACAAGCACACAAUUACCUCACCAUGAUAUAAUUUCCAUAGCUGAGCAGGUGCAGUGUCCCGCAGAGGCUCAGCACUACAGGCCGGCCAUGAGCCAUUGGUUGGUAAUCCUGAAGACAAAACCAAACAACAACUUUUCAAAAAUUUCAUCCUCAAAAAUUUUGGAAUACUUUUGGAAACGACACGAACAUAAAGAAUAUGAAAGUGAGAGAGAAUCCUGCCUGAUAUAUUACCAAAUUGACGAUCCUUCUUUGGAGCUCUUGAACAGUCCAUUUUCAACACCAUUACAUGAAGUUCUCUCUCUUUUCCUGGUGUCUCUUCCCUCUUCCACCUCAUCAUCUUCUUUGGACUUUUACAUCUCAGUUCCUACAUCUACUUCAGUGAGAAAUACCAACACUAAUCCAAUGUGCCCAAGUCAGCCAUCCACACCUAUCUCAUCAGCUUCUAUCACUAUAAUUUCAAGGGAGACACUAAUGAUGAGUUGGAAUGAAAGUGCUCAGUCAAAUGACAAGCACAAAAUUUAUAAGAGGAUGAAAGAAAAGCAAGAUUAACUCCAUCACAGGAAAAUGAAAUUCAUAACUGAUACUUACAUCCACUUACCUGUCAAGAACUACAGCUGCAGUCUCAGAUGCUCUCAAGACUCAGGCAACCCAGAGAGGUUCAUAGAAGGAGACAUUGCUGGUUCAGGAUGCAGGAGUGGCAGGAAAGUUGUAAUGAGCCCAAGAGAUAUGAAGUUAGAAUGACCCAAAAGUUUGUCUAUAACCCACCCUUUAUCUACAUAUUUAUCACUUCAUUAAAAUAUUAAUUAUACAUAUAUAUCAAGAAGCAGCAUGGCUGAAAAAGCUAUAAAUCAAGUGGUAUGAAGUAUAAGCCUCAGGAACCUCAUGCAGAAAAGCAGCAUGUUUCAUGGAAAGCACAAAAGCUAAAAAUGCAGAGAAGCUUUAGUUCUAAACAAAACCUUGUGGGUCUUUCUAUAAAUACAACAUCAACCACCAAAGAUUCAGAUUGGUAACACAGACAAGAGAAAGGUCAUUCAUUGUGCUUCGAGCAACAACUUCACUUGAUGUCUCAUACUACAGUCUAUCAGUUG